AUGAGCGCAGGAGAUAUUGAUGCGCUGACGCUGUUCCGGACGAGUCUGUCUGCCUCGUCGCCGCCGUUACCGACUCGCAGCGCCGAUGCCUCCUCUGUUAGCGACAUUGCGCCCUUGACCGAAGCAUCCCAUCUACUCUUCAACACACAAUCCGCUACCGAUGGCGCCCAGCACACCGCGCUCCCCUUGACGACAGCAACGAGAUUUGUAUCGCAAAUCAAUGGCGCGCUCGACUUGGCCAGUGUCUUCUGGUGUUGGCAGAACAAGGACAAGAGCACCGGAGACUACAUUGCUGCAACUCAAGAAGUCAACACGGCGCGGACUUCUACUGGUCUCAGCGAAGUGCGCAACCUGGUCUUUGCCGAGAAGCUUGACUUGAUCAAUUGGUUGUCUGGCGAGAAUGACAGCGAGUUCAUCAAAAGUCUAGAUGACAAUCGCCAGACGCGCGCUCAGGCCCACGAUGCUGCGAAGAUGGCUAGCGGAGACGGCGAUGUCGUUAUGCAGGAUGCUAGAGCCGAGGACGACAAGUUGCGUGACAUCUAUGCCCUUGAGCGCAAGACGGGCGAUCGCAACACGCUGCUCAGAGGCAGCAAGCCCACUGACUUCUCGCAUGUGCGCAAGUACGCCGAAGCCUUCUUGGGCCGCUCAAAGGCCUCCGCUCCUGCGCCUGCCCUUGUCACACCCGCUCCUGCUAUCCGUCCUGCAAAGCCCUCCAGUGGCCGCCGUCCAGAGCCCAUCAUCCUUCUCUCCCCAUCAGCCUCGUCGCUCCUCCGCCUGUCCAACGUCAAGUCCUUCCUCAUGGAUGGUGUCUACACUCCUCCGACAUCCACCACUUCGACCGCUCUGAACAUCCUUCACGUCAACCGUGUCAUGCCUUCGAUCGACCCUACACGCCCUCUGCGUUUUAUUCUUGUCGAGUCGCCUGAUAACUUCAAGCCCGACUACUGGAACCGUGUUGUCGCUGUCUUUACCACAGGUCAAGCUUGGCAAUUCAAGGGAUACAAGUGGAGUCAGCCUGCUGAGCUCUUCAACCACUCUCUGGGUGUCUACGUCGGCUGGCGCAACGAGCUCAUUCCUGAUAGCAUCAAGGGCUGGGGAAGAGGUGUCUUGAACGUCGGUAUUGACGCAUACCGUGAUGGCCAGACUGCUCAACAGAGAUGGAGAGACCGUGAAACUGUGGAAGAGAUCUGGAGUGCCAUUGAAGCUUCCAUGAGAGCUCGUGGCUUCGGCAGAGAGGUAAGGUAG